AUGUUCAGCUUUGUGGAUUCACGGACUGUUCUGCUACUUGUAGCAUCCCAAGUUGUUUUAAUAUCCCUUGUCAGAUGCCAGGAAGAGGAUGACCAGGAGGCAGGCAGCUGCAUCCAGGAUGCCCAUCGCUAUAACGACAAGGAUGUGUGGAAGCCGGAGCCGUGUCGUAUCUGUGUGUGUGACAGCGGGUCAGUGCUGUGUGAUGAGAUCAUCUGCGAGGAGAUCAGAGAGUGUGCCAACCCCAUCAUCCAACCUAGAGAGUGCUGCCCCAUCUGCCCUGCGGACGCCAGCGCCCCCACUGAGGCGGUGUUUGGUGCUAAGGGCCAGAAAGGGGCACCAGGCGAGAUUGCAGAUGUUGUAGGACCGAAUGGACCAGCAGGCCCUAUGGGCCCCUCGGGCGAGCAGGGACCACGUGGAGAAGCUGGCGCUAAGGGUGAUAAGGGAAAUGUUGGCCCCAGAGGCAGAGAUGGCGAGCCUGGAACCCCCGGGAACCCCGGAAACCCUGGCCCUCCCGGACCCAACGGAACCCCAGGUCUUGGCGGGAACUUUGCUGCUCAGAUGGCUGGUGGAUUCGAUGAGAAAGCUGGAGGCGCGCAGAUGGGAGUGAUGCAAGGACCUAUGGGCCCUAUGGGUCCCCGUGGUUCACCUGGCCCUUCUGGAGCCCCUGGCCCACAAGGUUUCCAAGGUAACCCCGGAGAGACUGGAGAGCCAGGCCCUGCUGGUGCACUGGGACCCCAAGGACCCCCUGGACCUUCUGGCAAACCAGGAAGUGAUGGUGAGGCUGGCAAACCUGGAAAGGCUGGUGAACGUGGACCUGCAGGACCUCAGGGAGCUCGUGGAUUCCCCGGAACUCCUGGUCUUCCCGGAAUCAAAGGACACAGAGGUCAUCCUGGUCUUGAUGGAUCUAAGGGAGAGGGUGGUGCUGCUGGAGCCAAGGGUGAGGGUGGCGCUCCCGGAGAGAAUGGCGCCCCUGGACCAAUGGGACCACGUGGUCUGCCUGGCGAGAGAGGCCGUCCCGGACCUUCUGGCUCUGCUGGUGCCCGUGGUAAUGAUGGCUUGCCUGGCCCUGCUGGUCCUCCUGGGCCUGUUGGACCUGCUGGAGCACCUGGUUUCCCUGGAUCUCCUGGUUCCAAGGGAGAAGCUGGCCCCACCGGUGCCCGUGGAACUGAAGGCGCACAGGGACCCCGCGGAGAGGCUGGCACACCCGGAUCUCCCGGUCCCGCUGGCGCCUCUGGCAACCCUGGUACUGAUGGUAUCCCCGGAGCUAAAGGAUCUGCUGGCGCUUCUGGUAUUGCUGGUGCACCUGGUUUCCCAGGACCCCGUGGCCCCCCCGGACCUCAGGGAGCAACAGGACCUCUUGGGCCCAAGGGCCAGUCGGGAGACCCCGGUAUUCCUGGUUUCAAAGGAGAGGCUGGACCCAAGGGAGAGCUUGGCCCUAUUGGUCCCCAAGGCGGCCCUGGCCCCGCUGGCGAGGAGGGCAAAAGAGGAGCAAGAGGAGAGCCGGGUGCUGCUGGACCACUUGGACCUCCUGGCGAGAGAGGAGCUCCCGGUAACCGUGGUUUCCCGGGUCAGGAUGGUCUUGCUGGUGCUAAGGGAGCCCCUGGUGACCGUGGUGUUCCCGGCGUGGGUGGGCCUAAGGGAGGCACUGGUGACCCCGGCCGCGCAGGAGAGCCUGGUCUUCCCGGAGCCAGAGGUCUCACUGGUCGCCCUGGAGAUGCUGGUCCUCAAGGCAAAGUUGGUCCUGGUGGUGCUUCUGGGGAGGACGGUCGCCCCGGCCCACCUGGUCCUCAGGGAGCACGUGGCCAGCCUGGUGUGAUGGGAUUCCCCGGACCAAAGGGAGCCAAUGGUGAGCCUGGCAAGGCAGGAGAGAAGGGUCUCGUGGGUCGUCAAGGUCUGAUAGGUCUGUCUGGUAAAGAUGGUGAGACUGGCGCUGCUGGACCUAACGGCCCUGCUGGACCUGCUGGAGAGAGAGGAGAGCAGGGAGCUGCUGGGCCAUCUGGCUUCCAGGGUCUGCCUGGACCUGCUGGCUCCCCGGGAGAGGGAGGCAAGCCUGGUGAUGCGGGUGUUCCUGGAGAGGCUGGUGCUGCUGGCGCUACGGGACCCAGAGGCGAGCGUGGUUUCCCUGGUGAGAGGGGCGGUGCAGGAUCUCAGGGUCUGCAGGGACCUCGUGGACUUCCCGGAACUCCCGGAACCGAUGGACCCAAGGGAGCCAUUGGGCCAACUGGUGGUGCUGGAUCUCAGGGACCCCCCGGCCUGCAGGGUAUGCCAGGAGAGAGAGGAGCUGGUGGUAUCCUCGGAGCCAAAGGUGACAGAGGUGACAACGGCGAGAAAGGACCUGAGGGCGCUCCUGGAAAGGACGGUUCCAGAGGCUUGUCUGGUCCCAUUGGUCCUCCUGGCCCAGCUGGUCCCAACGGCGUGAAGGGUGAGGGUGGACCUUCUGGCCCAACUGGUGCUGCUGGUGCCCGUGGUGCUCCUGGUGACCGUGGUGAGGGUGGUCCUCCUGGGCCUGCUGGCUUCGCUGGGCCUCCUGGUGCAGAUGGUCAGCCUGGAGCCAAGGGAGAGUUUGGCGAGGCUGGACAGAAGGGAGAUGGUGGUGCCCCUGGACCUCAGGGACCCUCUGGGGCCCCUGGGCCUGUGGGUCCCACUGGCGUUUCUGGAUCUAAAGGAGCCCGCGGUGCCCAGGGUGCCGCUGGUGCUACUGGUUUCCCUGGUGCUGCUGGAAGAGUUGGAUCUCCCGGUCCCAACGGUAACCCUGGUGCUGCUGGCCCCGCUGGCCCUGCUGGUAAAGACGGUCCUAAGGGAGUUCGCGGUGACGCUGGCACCCCAGGAAGACAGGGAGACGCUGGGCUGCGUGGAGUUGCUGGAGCCCCUGGCGAGAAGGGAGAUGCUGGAGAAGAUGGUCCCCCUGGUCCUGAUGGUCCUUCAGGUCCCCAUGGUCUGGCUGGGUCUCGUGGUAUUGUUGGUCUGCCUGGGCAGCGUGGAGAGAGAGGCUUCCCUGGACUUCCUGGACCUUCUGGAGAGCCCGGUAAGCAGGGAGCUACUGGUGCUGGUGGUGACCGUGGACCGCCUGGCCCUGUGGGACCCCCUGGACUGUCUGGACCUGCAGGAGAGCCCGGAAGAGAGGGCAACGCUGGAUCUGAUGGACCCCCAGGUAGAGAUGGAUCCACUGGGGUCAAGGGUGAGCGUGGUAACACUGGUCCUGCUGGUGCUCCUGGUGCCCCAGGCGCUCCCGGUGCCCCCGGCCCUGUCGGCCCCCUGGGCAAGCAGGGAGACAGAGGAGAGGGAGGUGCUCAAGGACCUGCCGGACCCGCUGGACCAGCUGGCGCUAGAGGAAUGGCCGGACCCCAAGGACCCCGUGGAGACAAGGGAGAGGCUGGCGAGACAGGAGAGAGGGGACAGAAGGGACACCGCGGCUUCACUGGUCUGCAGGGUCUUCCCGGACCUCCCGGCUCCGCUGGAGACCAGGGAGCUGCUGGACCUGCCGGACCUAGUGGCGCUAAAGGACCCCCUGGCCCAGUCGGUCCCACUGGUAAGGAUGGAUCUAACGGUACCCCUGGACCCCUCGGACCCUCUGGGCCUCGUGGUCGUUCUGGAGAGACUGGUCCUGCUGGUCCCCCUGGUAACCCCGGACCCCCUGGUCCUCCUGGUUCUCCCGGCCCUGGCAUCGACAUGUCUGCCUUCGCUGGCCUGUCUCAGCCUGAGAAGUCUCCGGAUCCCUUGAGGUACAUGAGGGCUGAUGAGGCGUCCAGCUCCCUGAGGCAGCACGACGUGGAGGUGGACUCCACACUCAAGUCCCUCAACUACCAGAUCGAGAACCUGCGCAGCCCCGACGGUAGCCAGAAGAACCCCGCCCGCACCUGCAGAGACAUCAAACUGUCCCACCCCGAGUGGAAGAGUGGUGACUACUGGGUGGAUCCUAACCUUGGCAGCACAGCUGACGCCAUCAAGGUCUUCUGCAACAUGGAGACUGGCGAGACCUGCGUGUACCCCAGCAUAGCCAAAGUACCGCACAAGAACUGGUGGACAAGCAAGAGCAAGGACCGCAAACACGUCUGGUUCGGAGAGACCAUGAAUGGAGGAUUCCACUUCAGCUACGCUGAGGACGGUACCAACGCCGCCAGUAUCCAGCUGACCUUCUUGAGGCUGCUGUCCACGGAAGCGUCUCAGAACCUCACCUACCACUGCAAGGACAGUGUGGCUUACAUGGACGCGUCCACGGGCAACCUGAAGAAGGCUCUGCUGCUCCAGGGCUCCAACGACGUGGAGAUCAGAGCUGAGGGCAACAGCCGCUUCACCUACAGCGUGGUGGAGGACGGCUGCAAGAAACACACAGGCCAGUGGGGCAAGACUGUCUUCGAGUACAAAACACAGAAGACCUCCCGUCUGCCCAUCGUGGACAUUGCUCCCAUGGACAUCGGAGGAGCAGACCAGGAGUUCGGUGUGGACGUGGGCGCAGUCUGCUUCUUGUAA